GUCUGUGGCGUCUCAUGGCAGGAGGCUCAGCCACUACCUGGGGUUACCGUGUGGCCCUACUGCUGCUGGUCGCCACCCUGGGGCUGGGUAGGCGGCUCCAGCCUGACCCUGGCCUCCCAGGCCUCCGGCACAGCUACGACUGUGGGAUCAAGGGAAUGCAGUUGCUGGUGUUCCCCAGGCCGGGCCAGACUCUCCGCUUCAAGGUGGUGGAUGAAUUUGGGAACCGAUUUGAUGUCAACAACUGCUCCAUCUGCUACCACUGGGUCACGUCCAGGCCGCAGGAGCCUGCAGUCUUCUCGGCUGAUUACAGAGGCUGCCACGUGCUGGAGAAGGAUGGGCGUUUCCACCUCAGAGUGUUCAUGGAGGCUGUGCGGCCCGAUGGUCGUGUGGAUGUGGCACAAGACACUACCCUGAUCUGUCCCAAACCUGACCACUCCUGGACUCCGGACUCCCAGCUGGCACCACCCACCAUGUUCUCUGUCUCGACUCCACAAACGCUUCCCUCCCUCCCCACCUCUGGCCACACCUCACCAGGCUCUGGCCAUGCCUUUCCCAGCCCACUGGACCCAGGGCACAGCUCUGUCCACCCAACCCCUGCUUUACCAUCCCCUGGACCUGGACCUGCCCUCGCCACCCUGGCUCAACCCCACUGGGGUCCCUUGGAACACUGGGAUGUGAACAAACCAGAUUACAUAGGUACCCAUCCGAGCCAGGAGCAGUGCCAGGUGGCCUCGGGGCACCUCCCCUGCAUCGUGAGAAGAACUUCAAAGGAAGCCUGUCAGCAGGCUGGCUGCUGCUAUGAUAACACCAGAGAGGUUCCCUGUUACUAUGGCAACACAGCUACUCUCCAGUGUUUCAGAGAUGGCUACUUCAUCCUUGUGGUGUCCCAAGAAGUGGCCUUGACACACAGGAUCACACUGGCCAACGUCCACCUGGCCUACGCCCCCACCAGCUGCUCCCCAACAGAGCACACGGAAGCUUUCGUGGUCUUCUACUUCCCUCUCACCCACUGUGGAACCACAGUGCAGGUGGCUGGCGACCAGCUCAUCUAUGAGAACUGGCUGGUGUCUGGCAUCCACGUCCGAAAGGGGCCACAGGGUUCCAUCACACGGGACAGCACCUUCCAGCUUCAUGUGCGCUGCGUCUUCAAUGCCAGUGACUUCCUGCCCAUUCGGGCAUCCAUUUUCCCACCCCCGUCGCCUGCCUCUGUGACCCAGCCCGGCCCCCUGCGACUUGAACUGCGGAUCGCCAAGGACGAGACCUUCAGCUCCUACUAUGGGGAGGACGACUAUCCCAUCGUGAGGCUGCUCCGAGAACCAGUCCAUGUGGAGGUCCGGCUUCUGCAGAGGACAGACCCCAACCUGGUCCUGCUGCUGCACCAGUGCUGGGGCGCUCCCAGUGCCAACCCCUUCCAGCAGCCCCAGUGGCCCAUUCUGUCAGACGGAUGCCCUUUCGAGGGCGACAGCUACAGAACCCAAAUGGUAGCCUUGGAUGGGGCCACACCUUUCCAGUCUCACUACCAGAGAUUCACUGUUGCCACCUUCGCCCUCCUGGACUCGGGCUCCCAGAGAGCCCUCAGAGGACCGGUUUACUUGUUCUGCAGUGCCUCUGCCUGCCACAGCUCAGGGCUGGAGACUUGCUCCACUGUGUGCAGCGCUGGGACUGCAAGACAGCGACGAUCCUCAGGUCACCGUAAUGACGCUGCCAGGCCCCAGGACAUCGUGAGCUCUCCGGGGCCAGUGGGCUUUGAGGAUUCUUAUGGGCAGGAGCCCACACUUGGGCCCACAGACUCCAAUGGGAACUCCAGCCUGAGGCCUCUCCUUUGGAUGGUCCUUUUGCUGCCAGCUGUUGCCCUGGUCCUUGGGUUUGGUGUCUUUGUGGGCCUGAGCCAGACCUGGGUCCAGAAGCUCUGGGAAAACAGUGAAUGGGCUCAAUAAACAAUCAUUUCAAACCUACUGAAA